AUGGAGUUAGACGAGUAUGAGUUACACGAAUAUGAAAUAGAACAUGACCAUCAUGCAGAGACCGAUGUCGACAAUCGGGAUGGGGUUGAAUUGGAAGACAAUUUAGACGGCGUCGGAGGAAUGUAUGACAAUUUUGUGGAUGAUGACUUAUACGCUAUUGAUUCUGGCGAAUUGAUAGGUUCGAUUGAUUUUGUGAACUUCAGCGAGGAGGAAGUUCGCCGCUUUAAUUUCGUAGAUGAUGAUAUUGCGUUUGAGUUCUGCCAGCAAUAUGCAAAGCACCAUGGCUUCGGCGUUAGACAUUCCAGGAGUGAAAAAUGUGGCGAAGUAAGGAUACGACAGGAAUUCGUGUGCCACCGACAAGGGUACCGAUCACCGAAGUUCUACUCAAUUCCUAACUGGCAAAAAAGGCCGAGGGCCGAGACACGGUGGGGAUGCCCUACAAGGAUGCAUGUUCGCAUGGACGAUAAAUCAGGACAUUGGAUGAGCAAAGCGGACAUUGAGCAGAUGAACGACAUGCACAAAGAGGGCAUUGGUGUCUCACGAAUCCACGAUUUCAUGGCGAUCCUAGUCGGCGGGUAUCAUAAUGUCCCCUACAGAACAAGGGACAUUCACAAUUACGGCCUAGAUGCGGAAUCGUGCUUAAGGUAUCUCCGAGAGUGCAAGGCAAAUGAUCCAGCACCGUACUACAAAGAAGUUGUUGACGGGGAGGGCGUGUUACAACAUUUGUUUUGGUGUGACGGCACCAGCCAAAUUGAUUACCAGGUAUUUGGAGAUGUGGUUGCAUUUGAUGUAACAUACAAGAAAAACGUUUACCUUUCACCUCUGGUAGCCUUCUCUGGUGUGAAUCACCACAACCAAAUGGUUGUCUUUGCCGCUGCACUUGUAGCCGACGAGCAAGAAUAG